AAUGCAGCCAACCACUCGCCGCAGCAGGCCAACUAAUAUGCGGCCAGCCCCGAAAACUGGAAAUGCGGCGGUUCUGUUGGAGGUGGCCUGGCGUCAAACCAUGUGCCACAGUAUCGGCCUCUCUCAUUCGCCGGUGGCAAUGCAGUGCAACCAACCCGUACGCCUCGGGGCCCCCAAGGCUGCGUGACUUGACCGCGUGGGCAGCUAUACUUAAGUCGAAGGAUUUACCGCUCUCCGAAUUAUGAUCAAAAUUGUACUUUGCGCACUCGUCGUCUUCCGAUUGAGUCACACUGAAUCCACUGGGUAUCCGACAUGUCCACCGCGACGAGCAUACGGACGUUGUCGCUGGAGGAGAGAUGGCAAGUGUGCAAAAGCCAGGAUGACCGCAAGGCUUCACUCAUCGAGGACUUAUUUUCCCACAUUGCAGAACUUACCGGCAAGCUUUCUGAGGUUGAGAGGGACCUUGAGGAGAGGAAGAUGCUUGUCAAAUCUCUAUGGGCCACCAAUGAUCAGAACAAAAAGUUAACCGAAAAGCUGCGAAAUGACAAGGAGAAACAUUGUGUCGCAAUGGUCCUUAUUGACGGCGAUUGUAUGCCGUUUUUGGAUGACCUUGUUGAGCAAGGACUUGAUGGAGGCAAGAAGGCUGCAAGUCUUUUGCGCCUGGCAACUUUUGACGAGCUGAAAGCAGUUGAUCCUUGCCUCCCGCACCAUUUGCAAGUUUCCGUCCGUGUUUACGCCAACAUGAAGGGUCUGGCCAAGACCUACAUCGAAGCGGGUAUCAUUUCACACCCAGGCGUUUUGGAUGAGUUCAUCCGAGGCUUCAACAUGAAGAAUCCCAUGUGCGACUUCGUUGAUGCAGGUAAUGGCAAGGAAUGUGCGGAUGAAAAGCUAAAGGCGAAUUUUGAGUUCGGUGUGUCGGAUGUUCACUGCCGGCAUGUCUUGUUCGGUGCUUCGGCAGACAGCGGUUACGCUCGCUUGUUGGGAUCGCAUCUCGACGAUGAGGUGAUUCGCAAGAAAGUUAUACUCCUCGAAGGUCCUCCAUUCGCGCAGGAGUUGGCGGAGAUGAAAGACCAGUUCCGAGUCGCUUCUUUCAACAGGGUCUUCAGGCGACACAAGCUGCUCAACAACAUCAAGCGCAAGGUAUCAUACAGCAUUACACCCCCAUCGACACCUUCAACCAACUAUGCUUCAGCCGCUGCAAAAACUCCAUCGAGUUUAUUUGGAGACCAACCGGUCCGUCAGCAAGCCACAGUUGACUCCACGAUACCUUUGCCCACCUUGGGACAGGUGCUUCGAAAUACUGCCGGGCAACGAGUUGAUUCACCGCUCGCUUCUGUUACUCACCAAGAGUUCAUCUUGAUGAAAAGCCGGAAGUUGUGCAACAGUUUCCAUCUUUUGGGCAGAUGUCCCUAUCGAGACUUGUAUGGGAAGUGCUCACACGAGCAUAGAGGCAAGCUGAGCCCGAGAGAGUUGCAAGUUCUUUGGGCCGUCGCUCGUCAAUCUCAUUGCCACGCGGGUCUGAGUUGCACCGAACCGACUUGCGUAUUUGGCCAUCAGUGCCCUCGUGAGAGUUGUAAUGGGGCGAGCUGUCGCCUGAAAUUUCCUCUCGAGUUGCAUAACAUUGACAAAAGACCUACCCGAUGAGACUGAGCGGCUGAGUGAGAAUAUACUACUAGCAAACCUCCGAUAUAACGGUAUCAUCAUCUAAAAAGUGUCCGUUUACGGGUCAGCAAAGCAUUGUUUCAGUCAGGACGGAAUGGAGUAUGUUGUAUUUUGUUCUGUGUCUAUGGGGUUCCAAAGAGGGGGGAUGGGGUUUGAGCUUCCUUUAUUCCCAAGAUUCCAACUAGAACAAGCAAAGGACAUUAAAAGAAGCAUCGAAAUCAAGAGAAAG